AUGAAAGGGAGCCAAUGCUUUGUGCAGCCGGGAGGUGCACGUUUCAACCGCUUUGGAACACCAAAAGAAGCAAUGGACUUUUUUGCUUCCGGUGAAUGCCGGAGUCCUCCUCCACAACCUGCGACACCGACUUUGAUAUCAGAACCAACAAUUCCACAUCCAUCAGUUAGUCGCAUCGACAUGAACAAAUUGAAGAGGGCUAUUGAAAAGGAAUCGGUGCAGGCAGUUUGUGAGCUCGUUAGUUCGAAUCCAAGAUUCCUUGUCAAUACCAAUGGUGAUACGGCAGCGAUAGUGAUGGAAGGAUUCCGAUUCAACGCUCUACAUAUUGCCGCUCGCCAUGGAAAGAGUGAUGUGGUGGAAAAGAUUCUUGAACUUGUCAGCGACAUCGAUUUCCUCGCUGACCUUUAUGGUACAUCUAAGGAAGACGCACAGUUCCGUGCUGACAAUAUCAUGGCGUCUUAUCUGAAUACUCCUGAUAAGGGAAACUGCGAAACACCGCUCCAUCUUGCAGCCAAGUUUGGACAUGUGGACGUUGUUAGGGCGCUUGUGAAUGAGCCACUGAUGGAUAAGCACCUACUUAAUAAUGAGGGUAAAACAGCACUAGAAAUAGCGUGCGGACGGUACUCUGGAGAUGAUAAAAAGAAGCGAAAGGACGAAAUGGAAUUAUUACUUGGCGGCUACUUUGUCGGUGUCUACCGUUCGCUUGAUAACAGUGUGCCUGCCAAAAUUGUGGCAUCGGAAACCUACCCAAAGUCAAGCCUUUCGCACAAUGGUAAUGGAUUGUGCUCCCCACUGCUGCCAGAGUUCAGACUAACUGGGUGUGCUGGUCCUUUUGGUUCUAAAGAGAAGGCCACGAAAUUCCUGAAUAGUUGGAUUGGUGCAGAAAAACACGUAAAACUAUCAGAUGUGGAUAAGGGAUAUGAACGCGUUGGCCGGGAAUUGAGUACGAAAUCCAACGUCAAAUGGGCAGAAUCAUGGUGUUUCCUUGAUCAUUUUGUUGAUCUAAGGUCAGAUGAAGGUCUGAGAGUUCUGAACAGCUACCUUGGACGGGUAAAGCAAAAGGAUACUCUGUCGCCGUCGGAUGAUCUGCGAAAGCGUCUGGUAUUUGACGAAGAAGACGAUCACCCGCAUUUACUCACUCCUAACGAUGAGGAAUCUUUAGACGACGAUGAUGAUGAGUUUGAGGAUGCAGCAGAGUCAGUAGAUGAAAUCGAUAACAGAGUUCUCAACGAUUCGCUUGCUAGUCUGUCGGCACGCUUGAGUUCCUUAACACUACAUUCACCAGGUGACGUAGUGGUAGAAGAUAACCCAAGCUACACGCCACCUCCAGUUUAUCUUAUGGAUAAUCCAACCAAGGUGGAUAAUGAUGUGAUGAAUGCGCUAGCCAGCGUUCCACAGGAGAAGAUAGACGCUUUUCCACAUGUCCGACAAUUCACGGAGAAAUUACGCCGUGUUUCAAAUAAUGUACGCUCAGAAUGGCCAGCUCUUGAUUCACCCCGUCGUGCAAAGGGUACAAGCCGAAUUUUUAUCAACUAA